AUAUUCAUCAAGCACAGACUGAACAAGAACCUACAUAUACCGCGUAUAUAAAAAAUAUUAAUUAUAGUAUGGGUUGUGAAACUGAAUUUAACAACUCAAAUAAAGAAAAUAUAGAGCCCAUAUCUUUAAUAUCUUCACAUCAAGACAGCAAUGAUAAUAAUAGUGAUACAAGUGAGAAUAAUAACCUUCAUCAGUCAGCUUUGAAUGAAUUCCAGUGGUUCUGCCAUGAUCUUGAAAAACUUCUUGAGGAAAACGAUCCUGUAUUAGAUAAAAGUGUCGAGUUAAUGGCAACAAUCAUCAAUGCGGAGGUAAAAGAAUCAGGGUACAGGUCGCUGCAACUGCUAGGCGUAGACAAGGAUCAAGCCAUAGACUUAAAAAGAUAUGACAAGGAAGACCAAGGAACUACAUAUAUAAUAAUGUGA